AUGAGUCAAAAUGAUCAAGUUAACGGAGGCCAGAACAAUGGUCAGCGUAGGUCUUUUUUUUUUAUUGCGAGUGUUUCUCGAUUUUAGCAAAACGUUAUGUCCCUCCUGCUCUAAGAGGUCAAAACCCAUCUCUGGCAGAAGUGCCAGAAGGUCGACCGUCUCAGCAUUUCCAAGAUCGUCGUGGCGGCGGUAGCAGCUACAACAACUCUGGUGGCAUGCACAAAAGUCAGAGCUUUGCGGGUGUGAACCAGGAAUUCGGCAAUCAGCAGCGCAGUUAUAACAACAGCGGCUAUGGAGGCCGUAGGGGCGGGUACGAGCGAGGCGGCUUUGAAAGCAGAGGCGGACGGUUUGUAUUGCACUUUUGAUUUUCAUAUUUUUAGUGAGGAAGCUCCUUCUGGAGGAUUUGGAGGCCGUCGUGGAGGGCGCCAAAACUACGGCGGCCGUUUUUCCUAUGAUCAACGAAAUGUUCAUGAUGAAAGACAGUGGGAAGACCAGUCGUAAGUCAGUUUUAUUAAAACCAGCCCAAUGUUUUAGGCGACAAAACAACCGUAUGAACCAGAGACCUCGUGAAGCCGAAGUCAAUGAAAGAGCUUGGGAGAGCCAAGCUCCGCCAGACCAAGAGUUAGAGAACGAACUCUUCGCCGGCAUGAACUCAGGAAUCAACUUUGACAAAUACGAAGAGAUUCCGGUAGAGGCCACAGGAAAGGAUUGUCCUUCUCCUAUCUCUCAUGUACGAUUUAUCCUGAAUAGAGUUCUAUUACUAGAUUUACUAACAAAUACGUCUUGUAUUUUUAGUUUGCUGAUCUGAAUCUGCACCCGUGGAUUGAAGAAAACAUUAAGAAGAGUGGAUACGAUCGUCCAACUCCGGUUCAGGUAAGUUUUUUUUUGUUUUAAGCUUACCUGAUUUCAGAAAUAUUCGAUUCCAACUUUGAACGCCAGACGGGACUUGAUGUCCUGCGCUCAGACUGGCUCUGGAAAAACGGCCGCUUUCCUGGUUCCGGUAAUCAACAGAAUUCUGAUGGAUGGACCUAGUCAAAUGAAAACCCCGACCUUACAUUUCGGUCGGAAGUGCCAGUUUCCAUUGGCCUUAAUCAUUUCUCCGACUCGUGAGCUUUCACUCCAAAUCUACAACGAGUCCCGAAAGUUUGCGUACAGAACCCCAAUUACGUCGGCUUUGUUAUACGGAGGUCGUGAAAACUACCGUGAUCAAAUUAACAAACUUAGAGUAAGAGAUUAUAGGUUGAAUAUAUUUUAUAAUUAUGGUUUUCACGUCUUUUUUCAGCUUGGGUGUCAUAUUUUAAUUGCAACCCCCGGUCGUUUGAUUGAUGUGAUCCAAAAUGGAUUAAUCGGACUGGAUGCUUGUCGUUAUCUGGUUCUCGACGAGGCCGACAGAAUGUUGGACAUGGGUUUCGAGCCCCAGAUUCGUCGUGUACGUCAUUAGAUUCAUUUAAUCGUUGUUGUUUAGAUUGUGGAUGAAACUAGCAUGCCUCCACGUGGAGAAAGAGUGACAGCCAUGUUCUCGGCUACAUUCCCGAAGGAGAUUCAAUUGCUAGCCCAAGAUUUUUUGCAAACAGAUUACGUCUUCUUGGCUGUUGGUCGUGUCGGAUCAACCUCUGAAAACAUCGUCCAGAAAGUUAUUUGGGUCGAAGAGAACGAAAAGCGCGCUGUUCUGAUGGAUCUGCUGGAUGCCAGCGACCGCGAAGCCUUGACUUUAGUUUUUGUGGAGACCAAAAGAGGGGCUAGUGAGUUGGCUUAUCUCUUGAACAAUGAGGGAUAUGAUGUUGUUGCCAUUCAUGGAGAUCUCAAGCAGAUGGACAGAGAGAGACAUCUUGAUGCCUUUAGGACUGGAGAGGCUCCUAUUCUGGUUGCCACUGCUGUGGCUGCUCGUGGUUUAGACAUUCCUAAUGUGAAGCACGUCAUAAAUUAUGACCUCCCCUCUGAUGUCGAUGAGUAUGUUCACCGUAUUGGUCGUACCGGUCGUGUAGGAAAUGUUGGUAGGUCUUUGUAACUUUAAUUACUGUUGUAAUUCAACCAUAUCAUUGCUGUUUCCAGGAAUGUCGACAUCUUUCUUCAACGAUCGCAAUAGAAACAUUGCUCGUGAACUCACUGAAUUGAUUGUUGAGACUAACCAAGAAUUGCCUGAAUGGCUAGACCGUGUUGCUAAUGAAUCUCGUACCGGAGCCCGUGGAAACGGGAGAAGAGGCGGCGGUGGAGGAAGCAGAUUUGGAGGUCGGGAUCAUCGUAUCCAGCAAAAUGGCUCCAGUGGAAUGGGAAAUGGCGGCGGCAUGGGAGGCGGCAACCGCUUUGGAGGUGGGAGUGGCUUCCAGAAUCAGCCAUCAUCCGGCGGAUUCAGUCGGCCUUCCAACAACCAAUCUCAAGCUUCGUCCAAAGCUGUAAGUUGCUUGUUGAGAUCCUAGUGUAAUGUAAUAUUUUCAGAACUGGUGGGACUAA